AUGGCGUCUCGUCUCGCACGCACCAAGGCCGACCUCAGCGCCAAGAAGCACCUGUCUGGCUGGGUGCUGCCGAAGCCUGAGAGCGCCUUCACGCCCGAGCACCAAUGGUCGAACCACGACAUGGAGCCUGUACCGGUUGAGGAGCAGUCGUGGACGAGCGCGACCUUUGCGGCCUACUGGUUCAGCGACUUGAUCAACGCUGGCUCGUGGUCGCAGAUCUCGUCGUUCGUGUCCCUCGGGCUCACUUGGUGGCAGGGUCUUUUGGCAACCUUCACGGGCGGUGUCUUGCUCUGCGUCGUCAUCGUCUUCAACGGUAUCAUCGGCGCUCGUCUUCACGUGCCCUUCUCCAUCAGCUCCCGCGCCGCCUACGGGUACCACCUGUCGCGCUUCGCUGUCGUCUCGCGCAUGGUCAUCGCCUGGUUCUGGUUCUCCAUCAACACGUACCAGGGCGGCACGGGCGUCAAGAUCUGCCUCACCGCCAUCUGGCCCUCGUUCGCCAACCUGAAGAACACCCUGCCCGAGUCGGCCGGCGUCGACAGCUCCAGCAUGCUCUGCUUCUUCCUUUUCUGGCUCUUCCAGUUCCCGUUCACGCUCAUCCACCCUCGCAAGCUCCGCCCCAUCUUCCUCGUCAAGGCCAUCACGCUCCCGAUCGUCGCCAUCGCCAUGAUGGGCUGGACGAUCCACCAGGCCGGCGACCGCGCGUCCGAGGUCAUGCGCGAGCCGUCCAAGCUACACGGCCUCGACGGCUGGUACGCCUUCAUGACUGCGGUAACGGCGUGCAUGGGAACGUGGUCGACCAUGGCGUGCAACAUCGGCGACUUCUCUCGGUACAGCAGGAAGGAGACGGCCGCCUGGCUCCAGAUGCUCUUCGUCCCCGCCAUGUGGACCAUCUGCGCCCUGUUCGGCGCCGUCGCCGCCAACAUGACGACCGUCAUCCCUCGGUACGACGGCGUCGCGACUUUCCAGCCGUUCGACCUCAUCGAGAACGGCGGGUGGCUCGAGUCGAAGGGUGGGCGUGCCGCAGCCUUCUUCUGCUCGGCCGCUUGGGCGCUCGGCAACAUGACCACCAACAUCACCGCCAACUCGAUCUCGUCGGCCAACGACCUCGCCUCGCUCUUCCCCAAGUGGGUCAACAUCUUCCGCGGGCAGAUGUUCGCCGUCAUCAUCGGCGUGUGGGCGUUCGCGCCGUGGAAGGUCCUGUCGUCGGCGGGCUCGUUCAUCAGCUUCAUGUCCUCGUACUCGAUCGUCCUGGCGCCCAUCGCCGCCAUCCUCUGCUCGGACUUCUUCCUCGUCAAGAAGAGCAAGUACAACGUGCCCGAGCUCUACAACUACGGUCGUGGCCUCUACCGCUACACCUACGGCUUCAACCUCCCCGCGCUCGGCGCCCUCCUCGUCAGCAUUCCGCCCAACUUGCCCGGCAUGAUCAACGCCCUCAACUCGAGCGUCGAAAUCGGCAACGCCAAGUACAUCUGUGUGUCCCUCUCCUCCCCUCUCCCUCCCUCGCCGAGCGCCGACUGA